AUGAAAAUCCAGGCUGUUUUCGCUGCUGUUAUGACCGCCAUGGUCAUUGCCGACCAACACCCCGGUGCUGAAAAACUGUGCGGUCGUCUUGGGCCUAUGACAUGGAACCCUAAAGACCUUCCUGAGGGUGUUGAUGUUAGUCAAAUCCGCAUGUGUGCCGACCAUCCUGCGGGAGCAGGUAACUACUGGGGAUGGGGUGAAUAUCUUCCCAGCUGGGUUCCUCGCAACCCUCUGGCCGAUAUCCCAUGGCAACGAACCUAUAGGUCAUAA